AUGCCGGUGUCACCAAGGCCUCCUCCUCCCCCCGCCGCCAAGAGCAAGACCAUCGCCGCCAAGGUCGCCGCCAAGGAGAAGUCCUCCAAGAAGAGCAAGAAGGAGCCUACCCCCAGCAGCUCUUCCGAGUCUGAGUCUGAGUCUGAUGAGGACAUGAAGGAUGCUUCCUCCAGCAGCGAGUCCGAGUCCGAGAGCGAGGACGAGAAGCCUGCCCCCAAGAAGGCCGAGAAGAAGGUCGCUGCCAAGAAGGCCGAGUCCUCCGACUCUUCCGACUCUUCCGACUCCUCUGACUCCGAGUCCGAGGAGGAGAAGCCCGCCCCCAAGAAGACUGAGAAGAAGGUCGCCGCCAAGGCCGAGUCCUCCGACUCUUCUGACUCUUCCGACUCCUCUGACUCCGAGUCCGAGGAGGAGAAGCCCGCUCCCAAGAAGACUGAGAAGAAGGCUGCCGCUAAGGCUGAGUCCUCCGACUCCUCCGACUCUGACUCUGACUCUUCCGAGUCUGAGGCUGAGGCCAAGAAGGCCGAGUCUUCCGACUCUGACUCCGACAGCUCUGACUCUGACUCCGACUCUGAGGACAGCGAGCCUUCCAAGAAGCGCAAGGCUGAUGACGAGCCCGAGGCCGUCGCCAAGAAGUCCAAGACCGCUGAGGUCCCCGAGGGUGCCUCCGCCAACCUCUUCAUCGGUAACCUGUCCUGGAACGUCGAUGAGGAGUGGCUCCAGCGUGAGUUCGCCGAGUUCGGUGAGCUCUCCGGCUGCCGCAUUGUCACCGACCGUGAGUCUGGCCGCUCCCGCGGAUUCGGAUACGUUGAGUUCGUCAACGCUGCCGAUGCCGUCAAGGCCAUGGACGCCAAGAAGGGUACCGACCUCGACGGCCGUACCAUCAACCUCGACUACGCUACUGCCCGCGCCGCUCCCCAGGCCGGUGCUGACCGCACUCAGAACCGUGCUCGCUCCUUCGGUGACUCCACCAGCCCCGAGAGCGACACUCUCUUCGUUGGUAACCUUCCCUUCAGCGCCACUGAGGAUGCUCUCCACGAGGUCUUCGGUGCCCAGGGUUCCAUCCUCGGUAUCCGUCUCCCCACUGAGCAGGAGACCGGUCGCCCCAAGGGCUUCGGUUACGUCCAGUUCUCCUCCAUCGAGGAGGCCAAGGCUGCUCACUCCGCCCUCAACGGCGAGGAGAUCGAGGGCCGUGCCAUCCGUCUUGACUUCUCCACUCCCCGUCCCGCUGGCGGUGACCGUGGUGGCUUCGGCGGCCGCGGUGGUGGCCGUGGCGGUGGCCGUGGUGGCUUCGGUGGUCGCGGCGGCGGCGGCGGCUUCGGUGGCCGUGGUGGUGGUGGUCGCGGUGGUGGCCGUGGUGGCUUCGGUGCUCCCCGUGGUGGUGCCCUCAACAAGGGCAAGGGCGCCAUCCCCGAGUUCAAGGGCUCCAAGGUCACUUUCUAA